AUGAUCUCUUUGCUGGACCUCGACGACGACAUCCUCUUCCAUUUGUUUUCCUAUCUUCACGGUCAAGAUGCACAGCGGUUGUCUCUCACAGCGAGACGUGCCUACCAUUUCGCCAUUCCCCAGGUUCACGCCGACCUCGACCUGACCGUCGAUGACAAUCCUGACGACACCAGCCAUGACUUCACUGCUUGGCGCGACCACCUCCUAACCACAAACCCCAUCUCAUCCAGACCCCCCAUCGAGUUUCUACUGCACUUGGAUUUGGACUCAGACUCAGACUCACCGUCCCAGACGUUUGAAACGCUGCUGGAAGUCCUCGCCCACGCCACCCGUCUGCGAACCCUUAUCGCCCACUUUGACAUCGAAAACGGCAUCCUCCGACUUCCUCAACUGGGAGACGCAAUGGGAAAAUUGGCAUCCCUACGUGAGCUGUCGUUGACAAACGUCGGCCCGGCCACAAUGGAAAUGUUGCACUCCCUCCCAAUCGCGGGUACGUUGGAGUCCCUCUCCCUCUCCCUCGCGAAAAUCACACCCGCGGAGGUGUCUACCGCAUGCAACGAUCCCCCCCUCGCCCUGGUUACCGUUCUGUCGCGCUUCCCACACUUGCACACUCUCAAGCUUGGAGCCAGCCCCGAUUCUCUGCCUCUCCUCGAACCGUUUACAACACGACACUCCAUUGCAAACAUCAAGUUCCACGGCGUGCAUCAUCUGGAACUAGGCGAAUUCGUCCCGAUCGCACUAGAUCUUAUCCCUCUGUUCCCAAACCUAUCUUCUGUGUCGUACACAUCCUCAGUCCCCAGGGGCAAGCGCAAGUAUCAAGACCUCGUCGCCGACCUCUCUUGGCCGCAUCUCCGCAAUCUCUACUGCUAUUCUGGAUUCAGCUUCCAUCUCACACCACCGUCGGCCAAGUUCAGCCCGAUCGAUCGCCUCACCAUCGACCUCAUUCUCAAAGAAUUCACUGAUCCCUCCCCGCUGGCGACGCAAGAUCAAUGGGAGCGCAUCGUCAAGCUCAUGCGCGCCUUCCACCCCAGCGCUCUUGUGCUCCAAGGCUGCAUAUGUCUCUGGCCACUUAGGGACGUCGUUCCCAAAUCGAUACCGUGGGCGGAGGUUGCGAGGACGGUUCCCUCGCUGAGAUCGCUGCAGCUGCAUAUCUUGGACAACAGCCAGACCCCGACGCAGAUCGAGAUGGUUCUCAAGGACCUCCCACUCGUCUACCUCCACAUCACCCUCGCAUCCCACCCGACGGCACACCUGGAUGGCAUACCCGCGGCGAUGCCCCGUGCGGUGUACUCCUGCGACGCCCCGCCGUUCUUCGACGCCAUCCCGACCCUCCGCGUGCUCGGGCUCGAGGCUCAGUUUCCCGCAAAGGAACCUGUCGAGAACACUGCGCCGCCGGGGGAAGAACGGGAGGCAGCGGAGGUGCAGAUGCGGCGGCAGCGGUGGUGGUGGAUGGAGGGCACGGGCGAAGAUCGCAAGAUGGUCGAAAUCUGGAAGGAGGAUGCGGAGCGCGCACGCGCGAUCAUCGAGAGCCAAGGGUUCGACCGCGAGCAUGGUCUUGAUGGGUUCUUCACCGAGAAGCUACAGAUCCAGGCAGUGUACGAGUGA